AUGGCGACAAUACUUCAAAAUUUCUUCACAAAUAACCCUCAAUGGGUUCCCAGUACACAUCUACCCAAUACCCUCAAUCAUACUCGACCUAUUACUCGUAUGUUCACAUGCUCUACAUCAUCUUCAUCAUUAGACAAAAAAUUUAGCAGCAGAUUAUCACUUAGCACAAAUAGUGGCUAUGUAAAGUCAUCGUUCGAUUACAACCACAGCGGAGGUAACGCCAACAAUGGUCACUAUGAGUACGAGAAGGGUUUACUGGGAAGUAGUCAUCAGUACCCUAGACCUACUGAAGUUCCAUGGACGAAGGAGUUGUGUAACUCCGUUCAACUUAUCGGAAACGUUGGUACUCCGGUUGAAUUUAAGCAACUUAGCUCCGGUAAAGUCCUCGCUUGGUGUCGCCUUGCCGUCAAAAAAUCGUCUACCGAUACUACCUGGAUCAAUUUAACGUUUUGGGAUGAUUUGGCACAUAUUGCUUCUCAACAUGUGGAGAAGGGACAACAAAUAUACGUAUCGGGUCGUAUUGUUUCAGAUACAGUUGAUAGUGAUGAUGGGAAACAGCAAACCUACUAUAAGGUAGUUGUUCAACAGCUGAACUUUGUUGAAAGAAGCCCACCUUCUAAUGACCAAGACUUCAACUACAACUCCAACUCCAACUCCAACUCAACCUCGAGCUCCAUGACAACAGGUAAAAAGCAAAAGAUGUAUGCUGCUGCAAAUGGGUCAGCAUCAACUGAGGAACUAUGGCAAGCUUUCUUUGCAAAUCCUUCUGAAUGGUGGGAUAAUAGAAAAAAUAAGAGGAGUCCAAAGUACCCGGAUUUCAAACACAAAGAUACGGGUGAAGCUUUAUGGGUUGAAGGAAGGUACAAUCCAUCUUGGGUCAAAUCGCAGUUAUCAAUAUUGGAUUCAAGAAUGGAAUCUUUUCAACAACAAAACCCCAGAUCACGCUCAGAUUCUAUGUUUGGAGACAGCUUAACACCUUAUUAAACAUUUCGGAGUUCUACUUUUUUUAAUUUUUAUAUCUAUGUGCUAUAGUAAAAUUAGGCAGCUUAUAUUGUAUGUUUAACAAUCUGUCUUUUUAUUCGUAUAAAUAUAGAUAUCCUUUUUUU